UAUGGUUCAUUAUACUAUAACUUAAAUCAAGUGGAUAUAGUUGGCAUAUUUUUUACUCUUCAGAAAUGUCGACUAAGUAUAAUAGUUCGGGAAGUUUGCAAGGCCCUCGAGGCUGAAAAUAUUAGUGUGGAUGAAAAUUUAGUGGAUCGUUGUAUCGAUGUUGGGGUUGGUGCAGUUGGAACUGGGUCGCCUAUCCAAUUAAUUAGUGUUGCUUAUAAUCUCUAUAUGCAACAACUUUCGCCAAGUGCUGCAGAAAAACAACGAACUAAUCGUAAGCAUUAUGCAAUAAAAUAUAUGGAUGAAAGUGUAUCGCUAUCUGAUCGCAUAUUUUGUUAUAUAAUGUUUAAAAUUCCGAAUGAAAUGCCAAUAUCAACGAAAACGAUUCGCGAUAUUAUUGAGGAAAAUAAAAAAGAUGAUUUUCAUGAAUGGAAAGAAACUGCGUAUUCAGUUUUUGCUGCGAUCCCAUCUGUACCUUUAGCUAUAAGACUUAUUCUUCAAGAUUUCUACAUAGCUUCGAUUCGAUCAUUAACAACGGAUGAUUUUCGUCUUUUGAAGGAGAAAGAUAUUGAUUGUGUCGUCGUAUACUCGGAAUUUUUGGAUUAUGGUUUUAAUGUGAAGAAAGAACUGCCACUGUUUGGAUCAGAUGCCAUAGCAGUUAUAGAAGAUCCUAUGGUUCUCUCACUUCCUAUUGAUGUCUUCGUCAGCAUUCAUAAAUGGCGAUCGAAUGAAAAACGUGUUUGUGUUGCAUGUGAUACUGAUGGAUUAACUAUAUCUGGCUUGAUAGCAGCUCGAUAUUUAUCGCUUAUAACUCGUUGUAGCCACAAUGAUGCGAUUAUGACUGUAAAAAUUGCCUACAACUCAUUUGUUCCAAAACCAUAUGCUCUUUCUGAAUUCUUAUCAGCUAAAACUGAGGUAUUUUAA